AUGCCACCAAAAGCCGAUAUCAACAAAGCAGGCUGGGAACAGAGCGAAUUUCCUAUUCUUUGUGAAACCUGUUUGGGAGACAAUGCUUUUGUAAGAAUGUCAAAACAAGAAUAUGGACGCUCCUGCGGCACAUGUGCACGGCCCUUCACCGUCUUUCGCUGGAAUCCUGGUGCAGGCAUGCGCUUUAAAACGACUGUGAUCUGCCAAACGUGCGCGAAGAUCAAAAAUGUCUGCCAGACUUGUCUGCUCGACCUCGAAUACGGCCUGCCUACCCAGGUCCGCGAUACUGCGCUAGCGUUGCAGAAUGAGGCGCCGACGAGUGAGAUCAACAGAGAGUACUAUGCGCAGAAUAUGGACGGAAAGUUGGAAGGUAAUCAGAGCUUGUUGGAUGCCGGCCGAGCAUCAUCGGCUGGGAAGGAGAUGUUGAAGCAGCUUGCUCGGACGGAUCCCUACUAUAAACGUAACCGUCCCCAUGUGUGCUCAUUUUUUGCCAAGGGGGAUUGUAAGCGUGGUACUGAGUGUCCAUACAGGCACGAAAAGCCAAUAGAUAAUGAGCUGUCAAAGCAGAACAUCCAAGAUCGAUAUCACGGGCGCAAUGACCCUGUAGCAAAAAAAAUCAUGUCCACCCACGCUACGAAUCAGGGUUUGGCGCCUCCCGAAGACCAGUCUAUUAUGUCCCUCUUUCUCUCAUCCCUCCCUACUGCCGCCACCGAGACAACGAUCCGCACUCGUGUGCUUCAAUCGCUUCCGAUGAUACAGCCAGCCCAAGUUCGGUCAAUCGUGCAUGUUUCCAAGUCAAGAUGCGCCUUCGUUAACUUCAAGGACCGUACCUCCGCGGAGCGCGCUGCCGAAGCUUGGGCGAAUGGGCUUGACAUGGACGGCGAACGGCUCGCGGUGCGGUGGGGACGAAGCAAGAACACCGCCAAGCCCAGUCCUAUGGCGCAGACUGUAGUGACAUAG